AUGUGGUCUAAUGAGGCCAGACGAGCAUUUAAACAACUAAAAGAUGCACUUAUGAAAGCACCAGCCUUAGGCCUCCCUGAUGUUUCAAAACCUUUCUGGUUGUUCUCUCAUGAAAAACAAGGUAUAGCCUUGGGAACAUUGGCACAACAACUAGGACCCUAUAGGUGGGCGGUUGCUUAUUUCUCUAAGCAAUUGGAUGAAGUAAGCAAAGGUUGGUCGAGCUGCCUGAGAGCUGUUGCAGCCGUCAUUCUUAACAUACAGAGAGCCCUUAAGUUUACCAUGGGUCAGAAGAUGACAGUAUUAGGGUCUCACACGGUUUCACCAGUAUUGGAACAAAAGGGAGGUCAUUGGCUUUCUCCAUCUCGAUUCCUGAAAUACCAAGCCACUCCAGUAGAACAGGAUGAUGUUAAUAUUGUCACCAUUAACAUUGUGAAUCCAGCCUCUCUCCUCAGUGGAAAGACCUCGGAACCUGUGAUCCACGAUUGCCUGGAGACUAUGGAAGCUGUGUAUUCCAGUAGGCCCUUGAAGGAAGAACCGUUAGAAGAUGCUGAAGACUCAUGGUUUACCAACAGGAGCAGCUAUGUAAAACAAGGAAUCCGUAAGCCUGGUUAUGCUGUAACUACCACUCGUAAGGUAACUGAAGCUAAACCAUUGCCAGCACGAACAUCUGCCCAGAAGGCUGAGAUAAUUGCUCUAAUACGAGCCUUGGAACUGUCAAAAGGGAGGAGAAUUAAUAUUUAUUGGACGAACUCUAAAUAUGCAUUUGGAAAAGUCCAUGCCCAUGGCGCAAUUUGGAAGGAAAGCGGACUGCUUACCGCACAAGGGAAACAAAUCAAACAUGCCAAAGAAGUUUUACAAUUGUUAAAAGCUAUAAAAUUACCAGAAAAGGUUGCUAUUAUGCACUGUAGGGGGCAUCAAAAGGGUAACACUGAACAAGAAAUUGGGAACAAAUUGGCUGAUCAUGAAGCCAGACAGGCAGCAGAGCAGACAACAGAAACAGAGGCAUUGGCUUUAAUUCCAGAUGACAAAACUGCCAUAACAAGUGAGCCAAUGAAAUAUACCAAAGAGGACAUGAUUUGGAUAGAAGACUUAGAGGGUAAGGUAGAUAAAGAGUCAGGAAUGUAUAUAACUCCUGAUAAACGGAUAAUAGUUCCUUUCAAUGUAGCAUGGAAAAUGAUCAAAGAAGAACAUCACAAAACUCAUUGGGGCACAGAUGCAUUGUAUAAAUAUUUGUCUAAGAAAACAAUAAGCCAAAAUUUGUACACAACGAUAAAACAGUUUACAUAA